AGACCCAGAUCCAGAUAUUUGUAUCACUGCAGUGAUGCGUCUGCCGUUGAUAAUUCUAACCUAAAUUAGCUUCGCGAAUAAUUUCUUUCUUGUAAUCGCUAAAUUAAUAAACGUGUUGAGUGUAAAAAACAUUUAGACAUAGUCAUCUCAAGCGAUAUGUCUACUAAACUUUUUCGCUGUCUUACCAACAAACUUCUGAUUCUGAAAGUUCAACAUGUCCGACACGCUCACCGGGUUCGGGGAAAACCUCCGGGCAUCGCCAAAAGUUUGAAGGAACGUCUUGCAGAACUCAGUCAGGGAGAUUCGACGGUAGACUUCAAGAUAGACAUCGGCUUCCCGGUGGAAAAAAUCACAAGACGAAAUGUACCGAGCAGCUGGAUAAAGAAGAUCUCGGCAAAUAAACAUAGUUCUGAAUUGGAAAGAUUUUCUCGUACUAAGACGCUGAUGGUUGAUUUGCAGAAAGCGAGGAAGGACUGGCUGUUAGCAGACGGACCUUUUCACAUUCAUAGAAUAGCGGAGCAUUACAGUAUUUACAAGGAUCUUUAUGGAGAUGCCUAUUUUAUGCCAACAAUUCCAUUAAAUAUUAGUUACAAUUUAGAGAAUGACAAACUAAUAAAUGUUUACAAUGGCAAUGUCAUCAAACCAAAUGAAGCUUCCAAGGCACCCCAAGUGACUUACAAUGUGAAGGAUGAAUCUUUAUGGACUCUGCUGAUGACUACACCAGAUUGCAAUCUCACAAGCAGCUGCAAUGAAUAUUGUCACUGGUUCAUUGGCAACAUUCCUGGCAAUUGUCUCAAUGAAGGAGAAGAACUGGUAGAUUAUUUGAGGCCGAUAGCACCAUAUGGUAUUGGAUAUUGCAGAUACAUAUUUGUGUUAUAUAAACAAGAAUGUCCUAUCGAUUUUUCGGGGUAUAAAAGAACAAAGCCUUGUUUGACUUUAGAAGAGCGCAACUGGAAAACAUUAGAUUUUUACAAAAAACAUCAAGACCAAUUGACACCGGCUGGUUUGGCGUUCUUUCAGUCCGACUGGGACUCUUCGCUCAAAGAUUUCUACUAUAGCACAUUAAAUAUGAAAGUACCAGUAUUUCGAUAUGAUUUUCCAAAACCGUAUGUCAAGAAACAAGCAUGGUUUCCCUUAAAAAAAGCAUUUAAUAAGUAUUUGGAUAGAUAUCGCGAUCCCAAGCAAAUCAACAAAGAGUUCUUGUUGAAAAAGUUAAAAAAAACUCAUCCUUUUAAUGGACCAGAACCAUCACUCAAGUAUCCUAUGGCUCAUCGCUUACCUUGGGAUAUGCCUUCCUGGUUAAAGUUCGAAACUAUAAAGGAGAGAUUGAGAUACGGUCGCAUCAAUGAUAUUGAGGAAUAUUAGGUAGAGACAAAUUGUUGCGUUUCAAUAAUCUGUUUGCUGCGGUGUUUGAUAUCUGCUCGCGUCGGCACAGUGAUGUCAAUCGUCUCAUGUUCAACCAACAGUUCUAAUAAAAUACGAUUUGUAUAAAAAAUAGCGUUUCGGAAAAAAUAAAUAGCGUUAAGGAAAAGAGAUUGUUUUAGAUAAAUAUUUAUAAAGAAAAAAGAAAGUUUGUGUAUGUAUGUAUAUAUAUACACAGAAAAAAUGGAGUUGCUUCAAUUAAAGUCGACGUCACGAGCUGCCAACAAAAAUAUAUAGUUCUUUCAGUUGCAUAUGCGAGUAAUCAACAGCAUAUAUUUCAAUUAAACUGAUGCUGUAGACUCAACAUCUUUUUUUUCCGUGUGUAUAUAUAUCU